AUGAGGAAGUUUUGUCUUCUUAUAUUGUUACCCUUAACCGUAUUGGCGGGUGCAGGCCGACUUCCAGCAGCAGUAUUUGAAGAUGUAUAUGAGCUUGGUCGUCCCAAUGCCGCUUUUCUGGCGACGACCGAAAGCCGGAAUGGAAUGAAGGCAUACUUGAGAAAAAAAUAUCGACAAACGAAAGAGCCACAUUCGCAGACAUCUACAAUGGCUGCCUAUACUGCUGCUCAUGAACGGUACCAAAAUUUAGAGGAAAAACAGAACGAUCGUAUCCGGGUGGAGAAUUUACGCAAACUGGCAACGAUACGCACGAAGCGUUUGGACGAGCAGCAUAUUUCAACGAUGAAAUCGAAAAAAAUAGAUAUUACUCCGCGAGAAGUGAUUAAAUUCGAAUUAUCCGAUGCAAUGGUUUUCCAGCAGGACAUUAAUUCAAAAUCUACGGAUAAUAUGAAGUCACGUUCAAAACGGGAGGAUAAUUCGAAUCGUAUAAUUCCGGUCCCGAAGAAUAUUAUUCGAUUCGAGUUAUCAGAUGCAAUGGUAACACAAAACAAAGGUCCAACAACUCAAAGGCCUAACAAUAGCUCGAAUCAACAAGUGCAAAGGCAUCGUAGAUCGGCAAGCCCAGAUCCGAGAGAUUAUGUGAAAUUUGAACUAGAGGAUGCUAAACAUUCCGAACAGUUUUCCCAGAGCAACUCUAAGAUAUCAGAAAAUUUGCGACAUCCGUUUGCGUCGUCAGAUAGCUAUAAACGUGGGAAGGUAUUCGACGAAAUUGUUGAGCGGCUCGAGCCCAAAGAAAAAAGAAAUAGUAGAAAAGAAAAACGAGAGAACGCACCACAAAUGGAGGAAAAUGAAGAGAGUGAUAUGAGCCCUGAAGAAUCAAGACGCGUCAAAGUUAGGGGUAAGAAGCAGAAACACAUUGCCAACUACGAAGAUCUUCCCCUGGGAGUCCAAAAAGCAAUUGAUAUAGCAUUGAAUGAAAACGAACGCUUGAAUGGAAAAGGCAGAGAUGAAACUAAUGAUGGAGUAUCAGUUCAAUCAACGCCAAGGUACUUCUUUGGCGAUAAAAAAACAAAAACGAAAAAGUCGUACAGUGUGGCGUCAAAAACUACUGAGGCAAAAUUUGUACCGAGUGCAAAACUUACUGAAACAAAACUAUCGUCUAUAACAGAUGAGUUUAGAGGUCAAUCAGCUCUUAUGCCGGCAAAAUCCGUUGGUAUGGAGCCGGGAGCACUAUCGGAGCAGACAGAAAAAGAUAAAUCUACAUCUUUGGUGCCAGGUAUACCCAAAGCAUGGUGGUCCUACUCUGACUUACGACGACCAAAGCGAUUGUAUCACAAACAUUCUACUGCACCAUUAGUCAUUAAUCCACAAUAUGUGAAUACUUUCAAGCCUUCAGGCACUCAGGGUAAAAUGAAUGAUCUUUCUCCGGGAUAUCAUCAUCGUCCAGUGCUAUUUUCAACCAUGAACCCGACAACAAUCGGCCAAUCUUCAGAACAUAAGGAUUUUAGUGACCAAAUAUCGAACGGUCCGGAAGAAGUUGUCAUUAAAGAAAGACCAAAAAUCCAAUAUGUCAUUAAAGAGAUACCUAUACCUGUAAAACAACCACUUACAAAGAUUACCGUUCAACCCAGUAUUUCUAUAUCCUACGAUAAGCACAUCACGAGCCCGGAGUCUGGAGAGGGUCAUAUCUCACAUGCAUAUGAUAAUCCCUAUGGACCUCUGGAGGUACAGUAUGGGCAUCGUGAACCAGUUAAAGAAACUGUAAACUCAUUUCAUAACAUGAAAAUAGUGAUCCCAGAACCAAAGGAAAAUUCUUAUGAACAGGAGCAUUACUACAAUAAUGUUGAUUAUAAUCGUGUUCAACAAUCCAGACAAGCUCCUAAAUUGUAUCCGAACGAGAUCGAUACAACUGGUGGUAGUAUAGCUGCUCUUUCAGCUUUAAUCGGCCAACAACCGAGCAUUCAGUUGAAGAAGCUAAAUGAAUUGCUUCGUAUGCCAUCUCAGCCUGCAAGUCAAGAGCAAAAGUAUCGUCCCCAAGAAAGCACGGCUCCAGUGACAUUCCCAGAUACAGCAGCUACUACGCCGAAACCAUCCCGUCCGGGGUAUAGAUCGGUACAAGUAGAGCCAACGAUUAAUUAUGAGGAUAAUCGCUACCAAUUUGGGCAAAACAACCCAUUGCUUGAAGUGCCUAUCAGUACAGAUUAUAAGCCUAUAAAGGAAGUUGUAACGGAUAUCGUGAACUCCGAUCUGUUUAGUCCAGCUAUCACAACACCUACAUAUGCAACCUAUGACAUCACUUCACAUGAGCCUACCCCUGCUCCGAUAGUGGAGCAUCAGGAAUUAAACGAUGAAGUAGCGGGUCAUGAAUCGAAUGCAUAUGGUCAGAUCAAAAUCCAAAGUACCCCUGCUACGCUUCUUGGUAGAACGAUUGCCCAUCACUAUCAGGAGCAACACCAUCAUCACCAUAAUCACCGAGCGCCAAGUGCGCAGCACUUUGAUGAAUCAGAAGGAUAUGCUUUCGGUUACCGGGUGCGUGAUUUCCAUACUGGAAAUGAUUUUGGACACGUUCAAAACCAUGAUAAUGGAGUGACCCGUGGCGAGUAUCACAUAUUGUUGCCCGACGGACGAGUCCAAAAUGUACGCUAUACGGCUGAUGAAAAAGGAUUUCACGCCGAUGUUACUUACGAAAGUGUUCACCCAGCGUCGCAUCAUUAG